GUUUUGCAGCUGUUUCACGUUGCUAGUAUUCUGCGCAAGAUGUUAUCCGCGAUUUACAUGCAAGGCAGUGAUGCAAACAAGCAAUAAAGGAAUUAUUAUGUGGUUGCCUUUUGGAUAAAAAGACCCCUGUCUCUCUUCGCCCACUAUGUGGAGGCCUAUCGAAACCGACGCCGUCCGUAUAGGUCGCAUAUAAGGGAUAUUUUAUGGAAGGUGGGACGAGGGAGAGGUUGUGAGGCUGGGGAGUCAAUACAUCGGCAGAGCUAGAGAGAGAGAAGCCUUAGCAAGCUAGCUCUCGUGACAGUAACAGUUACGACGUAACAGUGACUUUUUUCCGUACAACAACCCGUUGGCUCUCUUAUUAUGGCUACGAAUGGUAACAACUUAACGCCUGGGAUGGGAGAGAUCAUCCAGUUAAACGUCGGUGGGACAAGGUAAGCUUCGUCAACAGGACAGCCCGGCAGAUGAUGGUCAUCAUUUUGGAAAUUUGAGCUCUGGCUACGUACGCGUAUGAUGAUAUCUGCAUGGCCAAGCAGCCAUGGAUGUAGCUGAAGUAGAUACACCAGGUUCAGCACCUCCAGACAGACUCUGAUGUGGAUCCCAGACUCUUUCUUCUCGAGUUUGCUGAGUGGUAGGAUAUCCACUCUUCGGGAUGAAACUGGAGCUAUAUUUAUUGACAGAGACCCUACAGCUUUCGCACCAAUUUUGAAUUUCCUCCGAACCAAAGAAUUAGACCUGCGGGGUGUCAACAUCAGCAUCUUGCGACAUGAAGCAGAAUUUUACGGGAUAACUCCUUUAGUGCGACGCCUGCUGCUGUGUGAGGAACUGGAUCGCUCAUCGUGUGGUAGCGUUCUCUUCCAUGGUUACCUACCACCCCCAGCCAUCCCUGCCCGUAAAUCAAGCCCUGCCUCAGCAGCCUCUGGCCCCUCUGAUGAGCGGCCGGGUCCAAGUGGAGCAGAGGGCUUCACCCGUGUUGGUCCCCCUCCUCACCCUUCCCUCCCUGGCUCACCUGGAACAGACGACAACCACAAACUGGGUCCUGUGGUUGACCCCAGGAAGGUGCUGAUUAUAGCGGGACACCACAACUGGAUUGUGGCAGCCUACGCACACUUUGUUAUCUGCUACAGGAUAAAGGAAUCUUCUGGAUGGCAGCAGGUGUUUUCCUCCCCCUACCUUGACUGGACCAUUGAACGCAUCGCACUUAACGCUAAAGUGGUGGGUGGCCCGCAUGGAGACAAGGACAAGAUGGUGGCCGCCGCUUCUGAAAGCAACAUUAUUCUCUGGAGCAUCCAAGAUGGAGGCAGUGGAAAUGAGAUAGGUGUAUUCAGUCUCGGUGUACCUGUGGAUGAUCUGUUCUUCAUCGGGAACCAGCUGGUGGCUACAAGCCAUACAGGGAAGGUUGGGGUGUGGAAUGCUGUCACACAGCACUGGCAGGUUCAAGAUGUGGUUCCUAUUACCAGUUGUGACACAGCAGGAUCGUUCCUUUUACUGGGUUGCAACAAUGGGUCUAUCUACUACAUAGACAUGCAAAAGUUCCCACUGAGGAUGAAGGAUAAUGAUCUUCUAGUGACAGAGCUUUAUCAUGACCCUUCAAAUGAUGCCAUCACUGCUCUGUCUGUCUACCUCACGCCUAAAACCAGUGUGAGUGGGAACUGGAUAGAGAUAGCCUAUGGGACUAGCAGCGGUGCAGUAAGAGUGAUUGUGCAGCACCCAGAGACAGUGGGAUCGGGCCCCCAGCUUUUUCAGACAUUCACUGUCCACAGGAGCCCGGUGACAAAGAUUAUGCUGUCUGAGAAACAUCUGGUAUCAGUGUGUGCGGACAACAACCACGUUCGGACGUGGACGGUGACCCGGUUCAGAGGGAUGAUCUCCACCCAGCCAGGCUCCACCCCUCUGGCUUCCUUCAAAAUACUGUCCCUGGAAGAGACGGAGAGCCACGGGAGCUAUGGCUCCGGGAAUGAUAUUGGUCCAUUUGGAGACAGAGACGAUCAGCAGGUUUUCAUACAGAAAGUGAUCCCCAUCACCAACAAACUGUUUGUGAGGCUCUCAUCUACUGGAAAAAGGAUCUGUGAAGUGCAGUCGGUGGAUGUGACCACCAUCUCUUGCUUCAUGGUACGGGAGUGUGAGGGUUCGAGCAGGAUGGGGUCGCGACCUCGGCGCUAUCUGUUCACUGGCCAUGGCAAUGGCAGCAUCCAAAUGUGGGACCUGACCACUGCCAUGGACACCGCUAACAAAGGAAAGGAGGGGAAGAGAGAGGAUGCAGGUGGGCCUACAGAGGAGGAGCUGCUGCAGCUGUUGGACCAGUGCGACCUGAGCACCUCCCGCUGUGCUACACCCAAUAUUAGCCCCGCCCCCUCCAUGCUGCACCACACACGCCUCAGAGAGUCCUGCUCAAGUCUGCAGUUACAGGCCCAGGAGCCUAUUCCUGAGAGCCAGGCUACUUACGGAGCUGUGCGACCCUACAGAGCGAGCCCCCUGCUGGCCCGCGCGCGCCGAACUGAGUCAUUCCACAGCUACAGAGACUUCCAGAACUUCAGCCUGAGUCGAGGUGUCCUGGACAGCACUGGUCAGGCGUCCAGCCAGACCACUGAUGUCCGCCGUUCACUCUGUGACUUUGGGCCUGAAGACAGUGAGCGGAGAGCCACAGCUAUGGAGUUCUGGGCUUGUCGAACAGCCAGUUCAAGCUGUAAUACAAUUAUCGGAGCUAUUACAACUGCUGGUGUUUCUGGUGUGAAGACAGAAGGCGGUCAAGAGUCUCUACGACAGCCUCCUGACAGCCCAAUUCCCAGAGGCGACGUUAGGCGGAAGGUGCACACAAACCCAGAAGAGGGCGAGGGUAUGGGAUCAGGAGGAGAGGGGGUGAAGGUGGAGGCAGGCGUGAGGAAGAGGGGAGUACUAGAAGGGGGCUUUCUGGGGAGGAAGAGAGCUCCAGUCCCUCACCUCUCCUCCGUGCCCUCUGGAUCUGAAGGUGGUGGCAGCGACUCAUCUACCAACGGCUCCCCCUCCCCAACCAAACUGUCUUCCUCCACCUCACCGCGACACAGGAAGCUGGCCCCGGAGCUGUCCAAUCAGGACAGCAGUCUGUGACAGCCCCCACCACCCUUUUCUUUCCAUCCCAAUCUGAGGAGUCAUCUUGUAGAGGCGUCCUGUAGGCACAUGUGGAGUUCUGGAUAUCAAAGCAGAGGAGGAAUGUGGCUUUUUCAGGUGUGGCUAAUGAUGUAACUGGAUAAAUGACCUUCUAGUUUAGGGACUCCACACAAGAUGCUACCAUGCUUUAAUGAGUCUGUCUCAGGAUGGGUCUCCUUUACUCAGUUUUUUUUUUCUUUACUCAGCAACUUUUAUUUAAACAAUACACCUUUUUGUAAUUAAGUCAGUGGAACUCAAACAUUGGUCUAAUACUUUUAAAGGCAAAAUCUAUCUGACAUGACAAAGCAGUUGCAACAUCCUAACGACAACAGCAUGUCAUCUCAACCAGGGAAGGAAUACAUUUGGGUUUUGAUCUUUUAAGGGAUUUCAAUUUUUAUCACACUUGUAAAAUCUGCUGGGUACAACUUGACCUCCAACUAUCUUAGAUGGCUUUUGGUGUAACAGAUGAUGGAUGAUGAGGUUUUCACUUUCAGCUACAAAUCUUAAAGCAAUUUGCCAGCUCAGUUAGUCUUAAAAAUUGCUAAAAUUGGUUUAUCUCCCUGUGUGUCCAAUCUACAUCUUAAGAAACAUACAGUAACUACAGGAACAUGCAAAAGUCUCUUUGGCCAGGUUUUGUCAAAGGCGUGUUGUUGCUGCCUGUUUGGUUGAAGCACAAGCAGGUGUUAGGCCACUAAAGUGUAGCUUGAAUCAAGGUUUAUCAAAAUAAAAAUAAAAAUAAAAAACAAGCACAAAAGCAAACUACUAGUAAAUGAAAUCUAAGGAGCGCUUUAUCUUGUGAGACCCUUAAACAGAUAAAGGAAGCAAAAGGGAAUUUACAGUGGCACAGUUUGUACUUUUAUCAGAUAUUUGAAGUGUUUUAUAGUAUGAUAGGAAUUUGUUAGGAACCCGACCUGACAGAAAACUAACAACAAACUAUAAUUUUCAUGAUAAACUUAAAAAAAAAAAACCAUUAAAAAGCAUUCAAAUUGCAAUGAUUUAAGACAGAAAAAGGUUGCCAUUUUUGGUGAUUUGCUUAACAAUUAUUCACUAAUCAUUCAUCGUUUUAGAUUUGAAAGGUUUAGGCCACUUUUAAGAACUUAUUAUGAUGUCAAGUGUCUGUCAAUUUGUGCAACUUGUCGUUCAGUGAAUGGUUUUUGUAACAUACCUUAAACAUGUUGCCCUACCAGAACAUUGGCAGCUACUUAAACCCUAGUCCCGCAUAGCCAGACCUGUUUAACAUUCUGCCAAAGGGGG